GCCCUCUUGAAGCAUGUGGGAACAGCAGACUGGUAUAGGGAUUGAUUGAAUAUGUCCGUAAACACACCGGCCAGCUGGUCUGCGCAUGCUCUGAGGGCGCGGCUGGGGAUGCCGUCAGAAUAUUGAGUCAAGGAAGCUACUUGGAGUGAAGAAAUUGGAUGUGGAUGCCUUCUCUGUGACCCACUAUCACAUGCCAGAGACUACAGUGGACAGGGAAGUUGACACAGCACAGGGUAAUCUACUCUUUUAAAGCUAAAAAAAUAUGCAAUGGCCCAGUGUGAUAUUUCUAAUGUAACCGAUGUGUUUUGUUCCCUCAGCCAAAGGCAUGGGAGGUGGCUAAGGAGGAGGUGUGGUGCCUGCAGGAGCUAGGACAGGAGGAGCUUAGGGGUAACCACGUGCAGAGGAGGGAACGGCUCACACAGGACCGAGAGCGCCUCCUGGUGGAGCUGGAGCGCAUGCAUCAGACAGACCUGUUGAGGUGAAGGCAUUUGAUGACUCAGAUGCCUGCCCAGAUCUUCCAGCUGCUCUCCAAGAGACGGGAGAUGAGGGAGGACUGGCAGAGGGACAUGGAGUUCACCUUUGAGGACAUGUACACUGGAGAGAGGAGUGAGGAGUGAAAUGUGACCUGGUACUGCAGCUGGUCCAAGAGGAGUACAUCAUAGCUGGUACCCUGCUCCAUCCUGAUAAACAAGCCAUCAAAAUCCACACAUUUGAAACAGAGGGGAAGAGAAGGUAUCUUAUUUUAGGGAAUUUCCAAACAGCAGCCUCUUACAAUUCCCCUUCCUCCCACCCACAUCCCUCUGCAGUGAUAGAGGGGUCAGUGUUUGAGGAGCCCAGCUUUUCUGUGUCCCAGCAACAGCAGAAGCAGAAGCCCUGGUCAAAGCAACUGCAGGAGAAUGAGGGACCAGACAGGUCACCUGUGUGGGGGGCCGACCCAACACACUCUCCCCUUGGACACAGAGUCAGGAGCUCAGAGGCACGACCAAGAAUGGGACACUGUCAACCAAGGCAGGACUCUACUAUCAGCCCAAUGAUUGGCCAGCCCUUGGAUAAGUCAUCCUCACUGGGCCACGGGUGGGACUUUUAGCCAAAUGAUUGGUCAGCUCUCAGGUCAAUCAACCUCACUGGACCAUGGGUGGGAAUCGACUUUGAGCAGAAUGAUUGGCGGACUCUCCAAUCAGGCAACCUCUGUGAGCCAGCUGAUUGGUCAGAUUCGACAGGACCAGUCAUCCCAGUGGCUGGAUAAAGGCCAGGAUGAGAGCCAGAUGAUGGGGCCUCUGGUUGGAGAGCUGGAUGAGUCUGCUGCCCAAUAGAGCUCAGGAGCUGAUGGGUCUAACUCCCUAGGCUGGGUGCAUCUGAGAGGCUCAGGCCAGACAGGAGUGUCAUCUCACCAAGAGGGAGCCCCUGAAGCCCAUUCACAGAGCAGCUCCUUUCCCCCUGGACUAGAACCUCUGCCACACUACCAGUGCCUGCAGUGCUCUGGCACCAGUUCCCAGGAAGUAGACAGGACUGGGGCCUCUGACUCCUUUCACCCCCUCCUGGAUGAAGUCACACACAAUGAGACAGCUGAACCCUCCAUGACCUUUCACCUUCCAGAAGAGGAAGUUGGGGGGCCAUGUUCCCACGAAGAAGAAAGUGACCAUGAAGCACUUGCACGGGACCUUGUGGGCGACACUUGGUCUGUCACCUCUGACCCCUCUCCUGAGUGCCUGAGAGGAGGGGAGGAACCACCUCAGCCCUCGCCUACCCUGCACGACUCCUUGUACCAGCUGACCACGUCCCAGUGCCUCCCUCAUAACUCUGCUCUGGGUGUAUCCCCAGGAGCAGAGGUGGGGGGUCUGGCAGCAUGUUCCCUCUCAGGCGCCUCUCUGUGAAGAUGUCCCCACUUUGGACAAGCCACUUGAAGGCAGGGACACUGAUAUGGAGAGCACACCAGCACCUUAAGACAGUUGACCAAGGAGGUGCUAUUAUUAAGGACCUGGGUGCAGGAGAGCCGGAUGCCCAGCUAUGUUCAGGGUCAAAGAUCAGCCCUCCCAUCUGGGAGAGAAUAAUGGUGGGCAGUGUGAAGGGGAUAAUGGAAGAUUCCUUGCUGACCCUGGUGAGCCUGACAGACAUCACAUUAAAGGACCACGGACUUGCUGAGGAAGGAGAGAUGGAUGAGGUAUCAGACCAAGAAGGCAUUGUGGAGAAGGAAUCCGAGUGGACAGUGUUGCCAGAGGAGGACGCCAGCCUACAGGAGGAAGAGACAACCCCCCUCUCAUGCAGUGAUGCUGCUGGAGUUCCAGUCGUGUCCCAGCAUGAAUCUACAGGAGGCCUUCCAGCAGAAACGCAGAGCCCUGAUCCAGAGGUCUGCCCGCAGGGUGGAGGAGAUUCAAGCCAAGAGGGAUGGAGCCAGAGCCCUGAUCCAGAGGUCUGCCCGCAGGGUGGAGCAGAUUCAGGCCAAGAGGGAUGGAGCCAGAGCCCUGAUCCAGAGGUCUGCCCGCAGGGUGGAGCAGAUUCAGGCCAAGAGGGAUGGAGCCAGAGCCCUGAUCCAGAGGUCUGCCCGCAGGGUGGAGCAGAUUCAGGCCAAGAGGGAUGGAGCCAGAGCCCGGAGCCAGAGGUCUGCCCGCAGGGUGGAGCAGAUUCAGGCCAAGAGGGAUGGAGCCAGAGCCCGGAGCCAGAGGUCUGCCCGCAGGGUGGAACAGAUUCAGGCCAAGAGGGAUGGAGCCAGAGCCCUGAUCCAGAGGUCUGCCCGCAGGGUGGAGCAGAUUCAGGCCAAGAUGGCUGAAGCCAAAGCAAACACCAGGGCCCAGUCUGAAACCACAGACCAGGGCCAACACAACCAUCAGGGCCUAGUCUGACCCAACCACUGUUCAGUCAUCCACUACUAAACCCAGGAGAGAGGGGAGGAGUGCAGAGUCAACCCAUGCAGGAGUGGAUGCCAAGCAGAUAAAGCAUUAGCCAAAGCUCCAAACUCCCUUGCAGCCUCCCUUGCUAGCCAAGCUGAAGAAGGUUGGGGAGGUGAGGAUCAGCACUCCUGAGAUGAGGAAACAGGAUGUGGCUGACAUGCGCCAGAGAACAGAGAGGUUGUACAGCUGACUAGAUGAGGUGAAGCUUCAGGAGGUCACGAGCAGACAGGAGGCAUAUGCCAAAGAGUUUUGCCAGGUAAC